AUGUACUCCGCGAUUCACUCGCUGCCGCUCGACGGCACCGUUGGUGGCCACGCCGACUUUCAAAGCCCGCUUGAUGGAACCAACUUGCCCGGUGAUGCCUGCCUAGUUUUAACUACAGAUCCCAAGCCCCGCCUCCGGUGGACUGCUGAGCUCCAUGAACGCUUCGUUGAUGCUGUCACUCAACUCGGUGGCCCUGACAAAGCAACACCUAAGACUAUCAUGAGAACAAUGGGAGUAAAGGGCCUCACUCUUUAUCACUUGAAGUCACAUCUUCAGAAAUACCGCUUGGGAAAACAGUCAUGCAAGGAAUCAACAGAGAACUCUAAAGAUGUUGCAGCGUCUUGUGUUGCUGAAAGCCAGGACACUGGUUCAUCAACAACAUCAUCAACAAGAAUGGUGGCGCAAGACCUGAAUGAUGGUUUCCAGGUUACUGAGGCUUUGCGAGUACAGAUGGAAGUCCAACGAAGACUACAUGAGCAGUUGGAGGUUCAGCGUCGUCUCCAGCUUCGAAUUGAAGCACAGGGCAAAUACCUACAGACAAUACUUGAGAAAGCUUGUAAAGCUCUGAAUGAUCAGGCUGUUGUAUCUGUUGGGUUGGAAGCAGCGAGGGAAGAGCUCUCUGAACUAGCUAUCAAGGUUUCCAAUGAUUGUCAAGGGAUGGUUCCAUUGGAUACCAUAAAAAUGCCUUCCAUAUCUGAACUUGCUGCAGCUUUGGAGAACAAAAGUGCUUCGACUAUACCAGCUCGAAUUGGUGACUGCUCUGUCGAAAGCUGCUUGACUUCAAGUGGAAGCCCAUUAUCUCCAAUGGGUUUGACCUCGCAGGCUGCUGCUAUGAAGAAGAGAUCAAGACCUUUGUUUGGUAAUGGAGAUUCAUUGCCAUUGGAAGCCAACUUGAGGCAAGAAUGGAUGAUGCCUAGUAUUGGAUGACUAUCAGAAAAAAAAAAAAACCAUUUCUGCCCUAGAAAUGGAACCCUUUUUUGAUGU